AUGGUGUCCCCUGAGAUCGAGCGGAGUAAAGCCAGACGGCAGCCCUCAUCCAGACCCCCGCCCGCCUCGGAGGCCAUGGCGACGGAUGGCUUCGUUCUUCCUACCCUUGACGUGCCUCCCGAUGCGCCCCCGGCAUAUGGAAGUCAUCAUGACCAGCUCCAGUUCUCACGGACGGGAUUCGAGGCCGGGGCGGCCGUAACAGGCGACGGGAGAAUCAACAUCAGCAUCAACACCAAGAACAAGAGACUCGCCGAGCUCCUUGCGCCAAGCAUCGCCAGCCAAGUUGAUGCCCAACCAUCACUACCGCCAGUGUACACAUUACCCAGUCUCACAGGUGAGCCUGGCGAGGAAGCGCCCCCACGACUUAAUGUUGUCAUCCAAAUCGUUGGGUCGCGUGGCGACGUCCAGCCCUUCGUUGCCCUAGGAAAAGUCCUCAAGGAAACGUACGGCCACCGAAUCCGCAUCGCAACGCAUGCGACUUUCCAGACCUUUGUCGAGGAGAAUGGCCUCGAGUUCUUCAGCAUAGGGGGGGACCCUGCCGAACUCAUGGCUUUCAUGGUAAAGCAUCCGGGUCUCAUGCCCGGCUUAGAUGCUUUGAAGAGCGGCGAGAUCAGCAAGCGCCGCAGGGGCGUCCAGGAGAUGAUGCUUGGGUGCUGGAGAUCUUGUAUUGAGGCAGGAGAUGGAUUGGGACCGCCGCCCGAACCGCAUAGGAAACUCGAGCCUUGGGAUCCAUCUGCGGGCAUGCCUGGAGACCCGAACCAUGAGCCGUUCGUGGCUGACGCAAUUAUUGCAAACCCGCCUAGUUUUGCUCACGUUCACGUCGCAGAGAAGCUUGGAAUUCCCUUACACAUGAUGUUUACAAUGCCUUGGUCACCUACACGAGCGUUUCCUCAUCCACUGGCCAAUAUUCAAUCUUCAAAUGCCGAUGAUGUCCUCACUAACUACUUGACUUACACGCUUGUUGAAAUGAUGACGUGGCAGGGGCUGGGGGAUAUCAUCAACCGCUUCCGCGAAAAUGCGCUGGAUCUCCCCCCUCUAUCACUCAUCUGGGCCCCAGGGCUUCUCAACAGACUCAAGAUUUCUUAUACUUAUUGUUGGUCCCCGGCCUUGAUCCCGAAGCCAAAUGAUUGGGGGCCACACAUCGAUGUUGCAGGCUUUUACUUUUUGAAUCUUGCCUCUUCAUAUACACCAGAGCCGGAUCUUGCUGCCUUUUUAGAGGCUGGGCCUCCUCCGGUGUAUAUUGGGUUUGGUUCCAUUGUGGUGGACGACCCAAAUGCUAUGACGAGACUGAUAUUGGACGCUAUCCACCUAGCUGGCGUGCGCGCUCUGGUUUCCAAGGGAUGGGGAGGCCUGGGGGUUGAUGCGGUAGGACUGCCUGAUGGUGUCUUUAUGCUCGGAAACGUCCCACACGACUGGCUCUUUGAAAGAGUCUCUUGUGUUGUCCAUCACGGCGGCGCUGGAACGACUGCGGCUGGCAUCAAAGCCGGCAAACCCACUAUUGUGGUUCCGUUCUUUGGUGACCAGCCAUUUUGGGGAGCCAUGAUUGCGAGGGCUAAGGCUGGACCCGAUCCAAUCCCUCACAAAACCUUGACGGCUGAGAAGCUUGCCGAAGCGAUCAAAUUCUGUCUUCGGCAAGAGACCCAAGAUCAAGCUCAAGCACUUGGCCGCAAGAUUCGAGAAGAGAAUGGUGCGGAAACCGGAAGCCGAAGCUUUCAUAACCAUAUCGAUAUAGAUUCUCUUCGCUGUUCGGUGGCUCCCAGCCGAACCGCAGCAUGGCGCCUGAAGAAGACAAAGGUGCGGCUCAGUCCUCUGGUUGCCGCCGUCCUUGUCGAACGGCGUCUCCUCAAAUACUCGGACCUGAAACUAUACCGCCCGUACGAGUAUAAUACAGAAGAUCAGCCUCCUGACCCAAUCACCGCGGGUGCAACAUCUCUAGUCACCGAUAUUAGUGACAUAGGCAUGGCUAUAGUGGACAUGCCUUUAGAUAUAUUCAAAAGCCCUAGGAAAGCUCGGGAACGCUGCGACGCGGCCAGUCAAGCAAGUGGUGAUGAGAGCGACCCAGAAUCAAGGCCCAACUCAACUAAAGGGCCCUCUGGUAGGAUAACCCCGACAACCGCCAGCAUUGCAGAUGCUGCAGGCGACUCGAACUCUGCAUCGCUGCUUGUCCAGUCACCCUCAUUACCUACCGAAGUCAGUCGAACGCGAUCUCCCACCGCCGGCAGCCCAGGAGGAAGUCGGUCGUCAUCCCGCCGAAGGGCGCUUUCUGCAGCUGCAACGAUGGAGGCUGCAGUGGGUACGACCAAAAACGUUGGGCGCAUCGUGACUACAGGAGUCAAGUCUCCCAUGAACUUUUGCCUCGGUCUCGCAAAAGGGUUUAGGAACAUUCCACGACUGUACAAUGACGACACUGUUCGAGCGGUUGAAAAGGUUACAGACUUCAACAGUGGCGUACGAGUCGCAGGCAAAGAAUUUGGAUUUGGCCUUUUUGAUGGAAUCUCGGGGCUGGUAACGCAGCCAAUGAGAGGAGCGCAAAAACAAGGUGCUGCUGGGUUGAUCAAGGGCGUUGGAAAGGGCAUCGGAGGGCUCAUUGCGAAGCCCGCGGCAGGAUUUUGGGGUCUCCCAGCAUAUGUGAUGCAAGGCGCCUAUGCUGAGCUUAACAAAUUUUUAUCGAGGAGCGUACAGAAUUACAUCAUCACCUCGAGGGUUGUCCAAGGAGAGCGAGAUAUGCAGAAUGCAUCCGAAGGAGAAAAAGCCGAUAUUCUUUAUCGAUGGAAGCACGAUGCUGAUCUGAGAGCUCUUUACCAAAAAAGUGCAGGUAGCCAGGAGCCAGAUGAUGGUUCUCGAGUCGGAUCCAGAGGCGAAUCGAGUUCCUGGCGAUUUUCUCCUCAAGAAGGACGACGCCAACUAGUCGCUGCUCUCUCGCAAUCGCCGCAGCGGCAGAACUCGGGCCGGAGAAACAGGCGCUCUUCCUCCCCCGCCCCGAGAAAUGCAGACGCAACCUCCGCUGUUGAUACAGAAUACGAGGCGGCUAUUCGAGCUUCGGUCUUGGAGACUUCGCGUGGAGAUGCAGAAGAAGACGCCAUGAUUGAAGCGGCUAUUCGUGAGAGCGUCAAAGCCAUGCGGCAGCAGGGUUCUCUGCCGGACCCCAUCCGCUUGGCUAUGGAUAGCAAACAUCAUGACAUUUUUGCGGAUGAGGAGUAUAAGAUUACGGACGAAGAAUACCAGGAUCUGAUUGAGCAGGCCAUUCGCGAAAGCAUGAUGGGAGAUGUUGGCAACUUCUCUACUCCAUCGGCAUCUGGUGCCCUGGAACUCGACGCCGUGGAUACCGCCGUACCAACUCAUGGCGGCGAACCUCGUAGCAGCGGCUCGGUGGUGACUCCGACCAGCGACGAGGAUGCCGAUUUGCAACGGGCCAUUGAAGAAUCUCGCAAGGCUCCUACUCUUCCACCCCGCACCUCGCCACCUAGAGAACAAGAAGAAGACGAAGAUGAACACUUCCGGAGAGCCAUCGAGGCAUCCAAAGACGAGAUGGAGAGGGCACAGCAUGAGAGGACGGAGGAAGAGAUUGUGAUGGAAUACGUCAAGAAGCAGAGCCUCGCUGAAGAAGAGUUUAGGAAACAGCAGCUGGCUAAAGGAAAAGGCAAAGAAGAACCCGAGGCGACAAACCAAGGUGAGGAUGACGAUGAAGAGCUGAGGAGAGCCAUUGAGGAGAGCUUGAAGAUGAGCGGCGGAAGUGGAUCUGUACCGUCGGGCCCUUGA